CGCCCGCCGCUCCCGGGGCUCGGCGCGGGCCUGGGGAAUCGGGAGCCCGCUGCCGGGGUCGCAGUAUGGGGCGCUUUCGCGGGGGUCUGCGGUGCAUCAAGUAUCUGCUGCUCGGCUUCAACCUGCUGUUCUGGCUGGCCGGAUCAGCGGUCAUUGCAUUUGGACUAUGGUUCCGGUUCGGAGGAGCCAUAAAGGAACUGUCGUCAGAGGACACGUCCCCCGAGUAUUUCUAUGUAGGGCUCUACGUGUUGGUUGGAGCUGGGGCCCUGAUGAUGGCUGUGGGGUUCUUCGGGUGCUGUGGAGCCAUGCGUGAGUCACAGUGUGUGCUUGGAUCAUUUUUCACCUGUUUGCUGGUGAUAUUUGCUGCCGAAGUAACCACUGGAGUGUUUGCUUUUAUAGGCAAGGACGUAGCUGUACGACACGUGCAGACUAUGUAUGAGGAGGCGUACAGCGAUUACCUUAAAGGCCGGGGAAGGGGCAAUGGCACCCUCAUCACCUUCCACUCGGCAUUUCAGUGCUGCGGGAAAGAAAGCUCUGAACAAGUCCAGCCCACCUGUCCAAAGGAGCUUCCAGGCCACAAGAAUUGCAUCGACAAAAUUGAAACCGUAAUCAAUGUUAAGCUGCAGCUCAUUGGAAUUGUUGGGAUUGGGAUUGCGGGUCUCACGAUCUUUGGCAUGAUAUUCAGCAUGGUGCUUUGCUGCGCAAUAAGAAACUCACGAGAUGUGAUUUGAAGAUACUUCGUCAUGGAAAUGGCAGUCUAGAGUGUUCAUGCUAAAUGUCACAAGAGCUAUCUCAGCUCACUUUUAAUAUUCAGGAUUUUAGAAGCUAAAAUAAUUUGCUUUUAACUGUACAUUUGCACAUGUAUGUAUGUCUGACUCAUUACUGACUUGCCCCUUGAGUGAAUGUCACGUGUGGUCUGUAUGUUUCUGGUAUAUGCAUUGCAGUACUGAUAUUUGUUUCCUGGGAAUCCCUAGUUCGUGUGUGCAGACGGAAAACCUAUUGAAGUACCAGGAAAAAAGCGAUCAAGUUUUGAAAGACUUGUAAAACCUGGCUGUUCAGGGAAUGUGACAAUGGCCCAUUUCUCAGAUUUUAGCCAUUUAAGUUAGAUCCAUAAAGAGAAUGCAGGAUUUCUAGUUAAUGGAAGCAAUAAGCUAUUAGAAUUGAGGGGUCAAGAUUAACUGUGUCUGAGUUGAGUGUAAAGGUUUCUUGGCGUAUAUAUAUUCUCCCCAGAAUACAGUAAACCCACAGUUUUAGAACUAAACACAUCUGUAAAAUUAAAUAUAGCAUGGAAAAUCUAAUUUGAAAACACCAUACUUUCUUAGUAUUUAAAAGCAGAAAACCUCUCUCUGGAAAGGGAAGUUACAUAAACAAGCACGUGCCCCGUAAAAGUGAGUGCUUUUAGGACUAAAAUUAGCAACUUUUAAGGGGGAAAAUGUUGCUAGACAAAGGCAUGUAGAUGUUGCUUUAACCCUCUCUUUCCUGCCUCUGCUUUGAGCUGCUGGAAGCCUCGCCUUUCCAGAAGGGCUCCCAUCUCCCGCUCCUGGUGCUUCUCCAGUUGCAGUGGCAGACAGACAGCAAGAGCGCUGCAGUGUGAGGUUGGGCGAACCCCACAGUGGCAGACAGCAAGAGCGCUGCAGUGUGAGGUUGGGCGAACCCCACAGUGGCAGACAGCAAGAGCGCUGCAGUGCGGGGCGGGCGAACCCCACAGUGGCAGACAGACAGCAAGAGCGCUGCAGUGUGAGGUUGGGCGAACCCCACAGUGGCAGACAGCAAGAGCGCUGCAGUGCGGGGCGGGCGAACCCCACAGUGGCAGACAGACAGCAAGAGCGCUGCAGUGUGAGGUUGGGCGAACCCCACAGUGGCAGACAGCAAGGGCGCUGCAGUGCGGGGCGGGCGAACCCCACAGUGGCAGACAGCAAGAGCGCUGCAGUGUGGGGCGGGCGAACCCCACUGGCACUGCUCCUUUGGAAUACCUCAUAACUUGAGUUUACAUAUCUUCCUAAUUUUUUGCAUUUUUCUAAUUAAUCCAUGUAGAGAGUUCUUUAUAGAUUUAGAAUACAGUUUUCAUCCUUUAAAAUAAAUAAAUCCCCCAUAACACAAGAUAUUAUAUUAUGAGUAACAUGGUCAAACCAAGAUAAACACCUUCUCCAAGAUGUGUACACACAACAAAGGCAAGCUGGUGAAUCAAAGAUACUUUUCUACAUACAGCUCCAGCACGUGUGUGUUCUUUCUCAGCAAAGCCCUGUGGAAAGCAGUGCUCAGGUUCUUUGGGGGCUGAAUGGUUGAUUUGAAGUGGGAAAACCCAGCCAGAGCUUAGUCUUUUGACUGCAAGAGGGAAACCCCAGAGCAGGGAUCUAAACCGGCAAGUUUGUCAUGAUUUAACAGCUUGUUAAAGUGCAUAAAUUACAGAUUUUAACAUUGUAUUUGACCACACAAAAGUGAGGGUGGGAGGAAUUUUGGAAACCCUAAGAAGAGCUUCUGUGCCCACUAGGAACACACAAGACUUUGGGUAUGUGUUAAAGUGCUAAGAAACUUCCCAGAGCUUUUUCUUUCAGCCGUUCUUGCUACUGCUACUAGCUUUAGAGAGAAAAGUGUGAGGGGGUUGACAGUUUAACUGUGCGUGACUACUCUACCUAAGCAAAUUAUUAGUUUUUUUUUUAAUUACUUCAAGUUUUUAAACCCCAGUCGCUGACAAACACAACCUUUGAAGCAAAGAGGCCCAUCUUAUAGCUUCGGUUUCUAUGUCCGCCUGAGGACAGAGAGCAGGCUGAAGUGUGUCCUCAGGUUACACCAGCUCAGAAUUAUUUUCCGUUCAGAACUGAGUUUCAUUCUCUAUCUGAAUGAACAACUUGAAGGAAAACCGCAGGAACUAUAAGUGGAAGAAUAGAAAUAAUUUUUUUACCGUGGAGGAAUAAGUCUAGAAACCUGUGCUAUGUGUGAUUAGUGUACCUCCUGUGGCUUAAGCUUUCCAAAGAAUGUGUGCGUAAGAUUAGAGAAUUCCAUCUCGGAGGAAAGAUGGAUAUAUAUCUUUAUGUGAAUAGAUAAAGCUAUAUCUAUAGAGAUAUAUAAUCCCUAUGUCUUGACCUAUACAUAUCUUAAAUACAUAUCUCUUGAGGAUUUAUACAUAUGUAAUUUUAAUACAUGUGUGCCUGUAUGAAAUUAUGGAGAUAAAUGUUUGUAUGCAUACA